UCGGUGCUUUACGGUAAUUUUUUAUCCCAUGAUCCUCUUGUGCAAAAUGCUAGUAAAUAAUGCUCUGAUUCAGUCCUUAUAAAUAAACUGCACACAGUGGGAAACUAAAAUACCUACAAUAGAGAUUAUAUUGAGGACACGCGCGUUUAAUACACAGGAUUGUUAAAAGCUCCCGUUGAUGGACGUUAUGAACACUGUUGAUUUUCAGACACAGUUAACAUCCAUAAUGGAAACGUUGACGAAAUCCGCUGUAGUUGAAAUAGGGAAGCUUGUCGAGGAAAAUAGUUUGUUUCUACGAUUAGAGAUAACGCGAUGUACCCGUGAAAAUGAAUCGCUGCUACAGAAGUGUCGUUUUUUGGAGAGUGAACUUCAAUCCGCCCGGAAAACCGCUGGAAAGAUGAACCGGACAGGAGCUUCAUUCAGCCAUUCAGCAGUGACCGACACUGGACAUCAUCCAGUAGACAGUGUCUUUGGUAAAGAAUGGUCUAUGAAUACAUGGAGACAGGAAUCACACAUCAUUCAACAUGACAAUUCACAUCUAGACUCCAUAGUCAACACAGAAGAGUCAGCAAAUCUGCUGGAUGAAGCCCCAGACAUGAUCCUGAUCAAGGAGGAAACAUUUGAAGAUUGCUCAGGGAAAAGUAAAUCCGAAGAAGAGCGAGGAAACACUUUGAGAGGACCUGCAGCGGACAGCAAUGAGAGAUGUGAGCCUCAGAGUUCUGCAGAUUUCUUCACAUACACAAUACCUACAGAUGACCAAGUGAAAUCAAACGUACAGCAGAGACAACCCGAUAAACAAACGCCUAACGCAAGACUCACUACACAUGGAGACUGUACAACACAGCCACCUUUCGACACUAACCCAAACCAAACAAGUAUUGCAGAAGAGAAAAGAUUUGAUUGUGUAUUCUGCGGAAGAACCUUCAACAAACUAACCUACCUAAAGGCACACAUGCGGACACACUCCGGAGAAAAACCUUUCGUUUGUACGGUUUGCGGCAAACGGUUUGCCCAAAAAACAUAUCUGAGAAUACACCAGCGGACUCAUUCUGGUGAGAGGCCGUACACGUGCAUGGACUGCGGAAAAGGUUUUGCUCAAAAGAGCUCGCUUAACGUGCACCUCCGAAGCCACACCGGAGAAAAGCCUUAUAGUUGUGUCGAAUGUGGUAAAAGCUACACGUACAAACAGGGUUUUAAUACACACCAGUGUGCUAGACUCGUACAUGCUGAUGUGACCGAUUACUGAAUUCAAGUUUACUUUUAAGACAUAGUGUGUAUUAUGCCGCCCCUUGAAACUAUGUGGGUUCAGAAGAAUCUUUGUCUUUAGGAAAUGUUUUAUACAGAAGCAUCUGGUAUUAACUAUAUAUUUAAAUGUUUUUAUUAAUUUAAACACACAUUUGAACAUCUUAAGAUGUUUUUAAACCUUUACUGAACAUGAAAUAAGCUAAAUAUAACCCAGCAGACAGCAUCUGCACAAGUGUUGUACAAACUGGAGUAGAAACUAUA